AAAGAGACGGUGAUUCAUAGUUAAGGAACUGACCUUAUUCUAUUUCAUUUGCUUAGUUAUCAUUUGUCUCAAUCCCUUUGUUUUUAAGUCCACUGUAUAUGUCUGGCUAAUGUAAUAUAUAAAUUAUUUGUUCUAGAAAGAAACACCUCUGAAUACAACGAUGGCGUAUCUACGGCGAGUACGAUGCAAAAGGGUCUACCACAGCAUGGGGCUUCAUCUGUUGAAGCCAACAAGCAUGGAUGACUUUGAGCCAGUGGAGGCAAAAGUACCAGUCGACAACCCAGUCAGCUUCUUCAGGGCCCACGGCCGCGACUUCUUCGUGUGUUGUGCUGAUUUCCAGACCAGGGCGCUUGUGUUGGUCAAGCCAAAAGAAAUGUUAACUUUUAAAGGAUAUCCUUUCUUCAGGGAGGCCUUACGACGACAAGCCGAGGAACUGCUGGUGAUUCCGUUCUCCCAGUUGGCAGGUGUGGCUGCUGAGGUUGCCGAGGACGUGGCGCACGUCAAUACUAUUUUCGUCCAUAUAACGCUACGCUGCGGUUCUACUCUACUGAUCAAGGCGCUAGAAGCAAGUGGCCAGAUGCACACUUUGUCCGAAUCUGACGUGUACGCCAACAUUUCUAGGUACGUCCUGUCAAAGAAAGCCAUGCCUGAAGACGUCACGGAGAUGUUGUUGGAGCUCAUUCGGCACAUCAACACCCUGUUCAACUACAGUCUAUUGCAGACAGACCCUUCCAAAACUAUCACUUGUUACAAAAUGCGCGGACAGGUUUUCCUUAUAGCGGAUCUGUUGCGGAAGGCCUUGCCAGAAGUGAAGACCGUCUUACUUUACCGGAACCUUCUUGGUACGGUGGACUCUUGGGCUCACGUUAUGGCCGAGAGAAGCUACUGGAAAUAUUGGUUGAUAACAGCCCUUAGACUAGAUUCUUUCUAUCUCAACAACUUACUUCAUUGGGCACCAAAUUCUCCAUGGGAUAACCCGGUGUUCAGGUGCAUCCCUGUCCCACAUGGAGUUGUAUGGUUAGCUACAUUCAUCUGGCUCGAGUACAUGCAGAAAGCCCACGAGCUGACGAAAACAGAUGCCCACCAAUGUUUCGACGUGAUUCUGAGAUACGAAGAGCUUUGUAAACACAAGGAGGAGAUGGUCGCCAAAGUCAUCGAGAGUCUUGGCAUCCAAUGUGUCGAUGAGGAUACAAAACUGAAGAUACGAGAAGUGUUUGGGUUCAACAGUCAGGCUGGACAUUCGCUCGCCAGUAGGGGCCCCGGUCGGGGGGAAAGCUGGUUGGGGCAAUGGGAGACAGGGAUCAUUUCAAAGAUUCUUGAUCAUGUCAAUUACGAGGAGAUCAGCCGACCAGAUUUUGUACUCAAUGGGACCAUGACGCAGAUAUGAUAGCUUAUAUAUGGCCUUAUUCGGUAAAUAUUGACCAUGGUAAAAUCCUAAUUUAUAUCAGCUCUACAGCGCCGACUGUGGCUAAACAGUCAUAUACGUCAUAUACUUUCUAGUGAUAAUUAAUUUGUCAAAGGUAGGGCUUUACAGAUCGUCUAUGUAACGAUAAGACAGUAGCAGUGUUAUGCGAGGAGGUACUUUUACGUGAACAUGAAAACUUUUACAUGUACAUACAGCAUGUGCUUUUUGUAUAUGACAUACGAAAUUCCAUUUUGGAAAUACAAUUUUUGGCGGCACCUCAGGACGCUUCAUUGGCAACCACAAAAAAUGCCCUAAAAACAUCUAUCGCGUAAAACAAUCUUCAUACAUACCAAGCGAAACGAUAGCACACAUAUACAACACACCUACAGCAAAAAUCAUUAAUACCUAUAAACAAGAAAACCGUCGACAUGGCAAUAGUUUUUAUCAUAACACUUAUUGACUAUAUCACAUUUUUUCUGAAGGUAUUUCCAUAAUCCUUCAUUACACCGCCUGUCCCGGAACUGAUGUUGAGUAUAUACAAUAAUAGAGAAUAAAAUGAAAAUUCUUUUUAAAAAUUUUCCUUCGAGCCGGAUUCGAACCAGCGACCUAAGGAUGCCAACAAGGGUCCGCUACAGUCCUCCGCUCUACCAACUGAGCUAUCGAAGGAACUACGUAUACUAGUAUGUCCGAGACACAGCACAAGACUACUAUAGCAAGGAUCAGUAAGAAUACUUGUUUAAGAAAACUCUUGUUACAAAAAAUCAUGCAUGCGUUUGCCUGCUAACGCUUAUCGGCCCAAGAACAUAACAGGAGCGAAGUAGGGGAAAGUUCAUCGGUCAUUUUUACCAAGUUUUUACAGCCAAACUUGGUCUAAGUUAACAGAGUCAUGCAUGUUGUCUUCUUGACGUCGCAUAAAGCGUAAGGAAUUGUAUCUGCCAGAAAUGACAUUUUGCUCAAGACUAGCCUGUGUUUA